GUACUCUGAUGUCACACGGUCAGCCUCCAACCACCACGAAAACCACCAAUAUUUUGCCUCACGAAAAUUACACGCUAUACGUUAUGUACUAGGUAGAUCUAAGUUUUCUUGUUGGCUGAACCUCGGUUUAUCUCUGGUAAUACCGGUAUACAUGGUAUGGCUGAGGCUACAACAAAAGAUUUGCGGGGAGACGACAAUCACAUUACUCAAGAAAAUCUCAAUCCUGUUCCUCCAUACUCCAAAUAUGUGGCAAUAAGAGAUUUUCCAGGUGAGACUGCGCAUGAUCUGCCAUUCAGUGUAGGGGAUGUUAUCACAGUGCUGGAACCAUGCAAUGUGGUGUUUUGGUACCUGGGAGAAAACAGUGCGGGAAGAAGAGGUGUUAUACCCAUCAACUUCCUAAAGCCUGUAUGCGAGCAAAAGAAACCAAACCAUGAACAGAGGAAGCAACGUUCCCAUCACUCCAUGCCGGUUCCCCCAAAAGAUGUACGUGAAGUCGCACCCCCUCCACGACCACCUAGAACGAAAAGUCCUCCAGCUCCCGUAAAAUCAGUACGAACCCUAACCCAAACAAGAUCAAAGCCACCUGGUCCUAAGAAAAAACUUAAACCACCACAUAAACCAACUAUUCUCUGUACCCACGGCUCAUCUUCAACCUGCCACUUGUCAGAUUCUCCCACCUAUACUGACAUUGAUAGCAGACCACCUGCACCACUACCGCCAGAGGCCCUGCCAAUGCCUAAAUCAGCUGAACCAGUUCCACCCGCCAAGUACAGCUCACAAUUGGAGUUUACCCGGAAAAGUGGCUGGUUUAGUCCUACCUUGGAGACAGUGCUCUGUAAGAAGAUGGGGAAUGCCAAUUUAGCUGCAUUUGCCAAUUCAGCUGGGAUUUAUCACUUUAAUCACAUGGAUCAUGCUUGCAAAUGCUACACUGCCAAGUCAAAAAUUGCUUUUUACGAUAUAGUGCAGAUGUUCCAUCAGCUGUAUGAGAAACCUCACAAAAAAUUAUCUCCCCUUGAAUUUGAGCUCAAGUACAACCUCCCUGAUGCAAAAGGUUGGAUGAUUCGUCUGUUCACAGUUUCGGAUCCUGGCUUAAUCUACUCUGAAGAAGUGUGGCAUAUCGCUGUUCAUCGUACCUUACAACCUGAUGGACUUAACAAGCAGCUUACAUUCCAUUCAAAAGAACACUUUUAUGAGUUUGCUGAAAAAUAUGCCAAGCAAGUAAGAGAAAAGAAACCUUGAUAAUUAAUAUUAUUGUCGAAAACUCAAAUUUUUGUGUUAAUGUAGCCUUGUACCCAGGCGGAUUGUCCGUCUGCUCGAUUAUUGGCCUGUGGACAAGGCUAGCUGCACGUUCAUUAGCUCUUUGUGCAUAAGCCUUGGCAGAUUUUAAUUGAUCGUUGACAUAUUAUUUUUUUCUUUUUAUAGAUUAAUUAUAUUCACCUCACCUAUUUUUUAUCCACAUAUUUUUCUCAAUUUUGCAUUGAUUCUGAAAUGCUCAAUUUUGUGAGUCCGAGUGAAUGUUUAUGUAUAAUUUUUAUGUAUUAUAAUUAUAAAAUCAAUAAAAUUAAUUCUGCAA